GGGACAGACUGCAGCAGCUAGGAGGGGGACAGCUUAAAACCUCUGGCAAGAUGAUCAAAUCCUUCAAGCAAACCUUUCUGUCCCUGGAUCUGCAGUCCCCUCGGUGGAGCUCAGCAGAGACAACGGCCAAGGAUUACGAGCUGCGGCAGUACGAGACAGCCAAGUGGGUCAGCACAGUCAUCAGAGGAGAGACCCAAAAGGAGGCAACACGCCAGGGCUUCUGGAAGCUCUUCCACUACAUCCAGGGGAAGAACGAGAAAGAAAUGAAGAUUGAUAUGACUGUGCCAGUGACCUGCCUGAUAAAAUCUGGCUGCACAGACUUCAAGAUCUCCUUCUUUCUGCCAUUUGAACACCAGGACUCCCCACCCCAGCCCACGGACUCAGAGGUGUUCAUUGAGGAGCGGAAGGCAGCUGCCAUCUUUGUCAGGUCCUUUGGUGGAUUUGCCUCCCCAGAGAAAUAUGCUGAGGAAGCUGAAGUCUUGGCCAGAAUCUUAAGAAACCGAGGCCAACCAUUUCAUGAAGACUUCUUCUAUACUGCAGGCUAUGACAGUCCCUUCAAGCUCUUCAACAGGCACAAUGAAGUGUGGUAUUUUAAAAAGUAACAUGGUGGGGGCAAUAUUAAGAGGCUACUAAUCAGCUCUGGAUGAAAACACAUUAAUGGCUUUUGCUUUAGUGCAGAAGAGUACAUAUGGACACAGAUCAUGACUAAUUCACUUUCUCUAGUAUGAAAUACUAUCCUGGCUAAAAAGAUUCCAGCUCUUUCUAAAAGAUGUAAUUUAAAUUCAAGUGUAUCAUGCCAGCUGGAGUGGAAGA